AUGCCUGGUGGUGCGGUUGUCUCUGGGCCGGUGGUCGGCGCCGACGCCAUGCGCGAGGCCCCGGUCACCUUCAAGGCCUACCUCAUGUGCGCCUUUGCUGCUUUUGGUGGUAUCUUCUUUGGCUAUGACUCGGGCUACAUCAACGGUGUCAUGGGCAUGGAGUACUUUAUCGAAACAUUCGAACAUUUGGACCCUGCCACCACUCCCAAGAAUGACUUCGUCGUUGCCUCGUGGAAGCAGUCGCUAACCGUCUCCAUCCUCUCGGCGGGGACUUUCUUCGGUGCUCUCAUCGCUGGUGACCUGGCCGACUGGUUUGGUCGUCGUCUGACCAUCAUCUCUGGCUGUGGCAUCUUCAUCGUCGGCGUCAUUCUGCAGACUGCCUCGACUAGCCUGGGUCUUCUCGUGGCUGGCCGUCUUAUUGCUGGUUUCGGUGUGGGCUUCGUGUCGGCCAUCAUCAUCCUCUACAUGUCUGAGAUUGCGCCUCGCAAAGUUCGUGGAGCCAUUGUGUCUGGAUACCAGUUCUGCAUCACCAUCGGCUUGAUGCUGGCCUCCUGCGUCGACUAUGCCACGCAGCACCGCACCGAUUCUGGCUCGUACCGGAUUCCGAUUGCGCUCCAGAUGCUCUGGGCUGUCAUCCUGGCCAUUGGCCUGUUUAUCCUCCCGGAGUCGCCUCGUUUCUUCAUCCGCAAGGGUCAGAAGGACAAGGCUCGGGAGGUGCUUGCCCGCAUCCGUGGCCAGCCCGCCAACUCGGAGUACAUCGAAAUGGAGCUGAAUGAAAUUGAUGCCAACAACCAGUACGAGCUGCAGUCGAUUCCGCAGGGUGGCUAUUUCACCACCUGGUUCAACUGCUUCCGCGGCAGUCUGUUCCAGCCAAACAGCAACCUUCGCCGUACCGUGCUGGGCACCUCGCUCCAGAUGAUGCAGCAGUGGACUGGUGUGAACUUCGUGUUCUAUUUCGGCACGCCCUUCUUCAAGCAGCUGGGCACUAUCCAGAACCCGUUUCUGUUGACAAUGAUCACCACCAUCGUCAAUGUCCUCUCGACCCCCUUCUCCUUCUACGCCAUCGAGAAGGUUGGCCGCCGCCCUCUGCUUCUGUGGGGUUCCCUGGGCAUGGUGAUCUGCCAAUUCAUUGUGGCCAUUGUGGGCGUGACCGACGGAGAUAACCCCAAGGCAAUCUCGGCCAUGAUUGCAUUCAUUUGCAUCUACAUCUUUUUCUUCGCGAGCACUUGGGGCCCCGGUGCCUGGGUGGUGAUUGGGGAGAUCUUCCCCUUGCCCAUCCGUUCUCGUGGAGUGGCCCUGUCGACCGCCUCGAACUGGCUCUGGAACUGCAUCAUUGCAGUGAUCACCCCGUUCAUGGUCAACAAGGAUGAGGGCAACCUGGGCGCAAAGGUCUUCUUCAUCUGGGGCUCUCUCUGCACCUGCGCUUUCGUCUACACCUACUUCCUCAUUCCUGAGACCAAGGGUCUUACCCUGGAGCAAGUCGACAAGAUGAUGGAGGAGACCAUCCCGCGCACCUCGUCCAAGUGGCAGCCUCACUCUACCUUCGCGGCCGAGAUGGGUCUGGACGAGAAGGCAGCUGCUGGACCCAAGGUCACCGAGCAGGAGGUCUAA